UUGAGGUCCGAGGUACGGCGUCUCAUUUCAAAGGAUCGCUUGGUUAUUUGUGAUUCGCUGAAUUAUAUCAAAGGUUUCAGAUAUGAAUUAUUUUGCAUAGCAAAGGAAGCACAAACUACAUAUGCUGUUUUGUAUUGUGAUGCAAAUGAGGACACUUGCCAAUGGCUUAAUAUGCAGAAGGAUGAAACCGAAAGGUAUGAGAAAAAUGUGAUAUCAGAACUGAUAGCGCGUUUUGAGGAACCACAGGCAACGAAUCGUUGGGAUUCGCCGCUUUUCACGAUAAAAAUUGGUACCGGCGAUGGUCCGGUUUCAGAAAAUGAUAAAAAUUUGGACCAUUGUGAUGCGGUUUCAGUGCCGAAGCAAGUGCAACUACCAGUAAAUGAGAUAUUCACUUGGUUGACCGAGGUGGGACAUUCAUCUUUCUUGCAUUUCACUCAAACGGCUCCACUGAUGUCGGCAGAUUUCCUGUACUUUCUCGACCGAAUCACGCAAAAAGUGGUGAAAAGUGUCGUGGAUCAACAACGAACUGCUGUAUGCGGUGAUACCUUUGCUGUUCCAAAUUGUGCCGAAUCUGAUGAAAAGGUUUUGUUUAUAAGGCGUCGAUCCGUUGCUGAACUGUCAAGACUUCGACGUCAGUUUAUCACUUACAUGAAGAUGCAUCCAAUCGAAGAUAUAGACAGAAUUGCCCAAUUGUUUGUACAUUAUUUGAAUGCUAAUCCAUGA